AUGACGAUUUCUAAUUUGUUAAAGCAGAGAGUUAGGUAUGCUCCCUACCUAAAAAAAGUUAAAGAAGCCCACGAGCUUAUCCCAUUGUUCAAGAAUGGUCAAUACCUUGGCUGGUCCGGUUUUACAGGGGUUGGUACUCCGAAGGCAGUGCCAGAGGCGCUGAUAGAUCACGUGGAGAAGAACAAUUUACAAGGGAAGUUGAGGUUCAAUCUUUUCGUUGGAGCUUCUGCUGGUCCAGAGGAAAACCGUUGGGCUGAACACGACAUGAUCAUUAAGAGAGCCCCUCAUCAAGUAGGGAAACCCAUUGCGAAGGCAAUUAACCAGGGUAGAAUUGAGUUCUUUGAUAAACAUCUGUCCAUGUUCCCUCAGGAUUUGACAUACGGAUUCUACACCAGGGAAAGAAAAGAUAACAAAAUCCUCGACUACACUAUAAUCGAGGCGACAGCCAUUAAAGAGGACGGGUCCAUUGUCCCGGGCCCCUCUGUCGGUGGUUCUCCGGAAUUCAUUACAGUGAGUGAUAAAGUGAUCAUUGAAGUUAACACGGCCACACCUUCGUUCGAGGGUAUUCACGAUAUAGACAUGCCCGUAAACCCACCUUUCAGAAAACCCUACCCAUAUUUGAAAGUAGACGACAAGUGUGGUGUCGACUCCAUUCCCGUUGACCCCGAAAAAGUUGUUGCCAUUGUGGAGUCUACCAUGAGGGACCAGGUCCCACCAAAUACCCCCUCUGAUGAAAUGUCUAGAGCUAUUGCAGGUCAUUUGGUCGAAUUUUUCAGAAACGAGGUUAAGCAUGGUAGAUUACCUGAAAACCUGUUACCUUUACAAAGUGGUAUUGGUAACAUUGCUAAUGCUGUCAUUGAAGGGCUUGCUGGCGCCCAAUUCAAGCAUUUGACUGUAUGGACCGAAGUGUUACAGGACUCGUUUUUGGAUCUUUUCGAGAACGGAUCUUUGGACUACGCCACUGCCACCUCCGUGAGAUUGACUGAAAAGGGUUUCGAUAGGGCCUUUGCAAACUGGGAAAAUUUCAAACACAGAUUGUGUUUGAGGUCUCAAGUCGUCUCAAAUAAUCCAGAAAUGAUCCGUAGAUUGGGUGUCAUCGCCAUGAAUACCCCAGUGGAAGUUGACAUUUACGCGCAUGCCAACUCUACAAACGUUAACGGUUCUCGUAUGUUGAACGGCUUGGGUGGAUCUGCUGACUUCUUGAGAAAUGCUAAGUUGUCGAUCAUGCAUGCUCCUUCUGCAAGACCAACUAAAGUUGACCCCACUGGUAUUUCUACCAUUGUGCCCAUGGCCUCUCAUGUAGACCAAACUGAACAUGAUCUGGACAUAUUGGUCACCGACCAAGGUUUGGCGGAUCUAAGAGGUCUAUCGCCUAAGGAGAGAGCCCGUGAAAUUAUCGACAAGUGUGCUCAUCCCGAUUAUCAGGCUUUGCUAACUGAUUACUUGGACAGAUCAGAACAUUAUGCCAAGAAGCACAACUGUUUGCAUGAACCACACAUGCUGAAGAAUGCUUUCAAGUUCCACACCAACUUGGCUGAAAAGGGUACUAUGAAAGUCGACAGCUGGGAACCAGUUGACUAG